UCGAAAGAAGUUUAACAAUUACUAUUAUAUUUGUAGUAACUUUAAUUAUUUACUCAACUACAAGUGAUCUUUUAAUUCUAGACAUAGAGAGUCAAAUUAAUAACCAAGAGAUUAUAAUUGGCCAGACAGCUAGAAAAACCCUUGUAUUAGAGCCGCCGAGAUAUCGUAUGAGAGAUUGUAUUGAGACAGAUAAACUGGAUAGUAGUGCCAUUGAAUACAUUAAAGAAGUUCAGAAAUUGGUAACUGAUGGAAUACUAUCCGAUAUCUGUGAAAAUAUAUCGACAAUGGAAGAAUAUUGUAUCUGUGCGGCAGUAGCUGGGUUUCUGUUGCGUCAUAAUAAGGAUUUUAAUUCUGUUGAAAGACAAGAUAUUUUUAUACUCAAUCACGCAACACAGCGAGUGAUUGAUUCGGGUCUACCAUUUGGGGAAGCCAUUAUUUCAGAAUCACAAGAAAGUGAAACUGGACCAAAUCAAAGUUUAUUAAGUUUAUUUUUACAAGGUGCAUUCUUUUGUAUUAAUAGAUGUAUACCGUGUAGAAACAGAAGUGAAACGUGA